AUGAGAGACUGGGGUAAUAUGCCAAAAGAUAUUGUGACUAAAAUUGUAGAGCAUGUGGAAUUCUAUGAAGACUAUGAGACGUUACUAAAAAUUUGUUCAAAUUGGAGAUCAGCCGGAAAGGAGGCUAGUUUACGAGGAUAUGCCAAUGCCAAUGCUACAGAAUCGAUGCAUACACUUCCGUGGCUAAUGCUACGACAGAAACAGUCCUCGAUGAGCCAUCGCUUAUACAGCUUCUCUAAGCGCAUGGUUCGCCUUAUUAGCCUGCCAGCUGAGUUGAAUUACAAAAAACCAAUGUUAUCUUCUCGUGGGUGGCUUCUUGUGCUCUCGAAAACAAAGCAAGUUAGUAUUUUGAACCCCUUUUCUGGUGCCAUUAUAGAGCUACCAAUACUAAAGUUAUGGAAUACUAACCACAUAGAUUUCAGAGACUUUGAUUGGCAUAGAACAAUCCUUAAUAGGUUCAUAUUGUCAGCCGAUCCCUCAACUAGUAGUGAUUUUGUUGUCUUCCUUUCAGUGUCUUUCAGUGCCGGCACUGACAAUCUUGCAUCAAAUCUGGUUUUCUGGAGGAAUAAUCGCGGUGCCGGUGCCUGUUCCGGUGAUGGUCAUGGGUGGAUUCAUGUUAGGGAUCCUCUUGUUCCACUGGGACCAAUAUUGCCUGAUUACCCCUACCAUACUCAACUUUUCCUUAGUUUUUAUUGCACCGAUUUAACUUUUUACCAAGGAGAGUUUUACGGCGUUAAUAUAUUUGGUAUGUUUGUAAAGUUUGAGACUGCCAAAGGCAAUCCUCAUUUUCAUGUGGUGGCUGUGAUUGAUGGACAUGUCCCAAACAUGUUGACAUAUGAUGAUAAUGAAACAGCAUGGUUUCAUUAUUUGGUUGAAUCAUCUGGCAAAUUGUUGGUUAUACGUCAAGUCACUCGUCAAGAAAUUACCACCUCCAAAAGGCGGCAUAUAUUCCGAUUUCAAACUAUAAGAUUUGAGGUAUUUGAAUUGAAUGUUAUGGCUGGAGAGCUCAAUGAAGUGUCAAGUUUGGGAAAUAGAACAAUUUUCUUAGGUUUAAAUUCUUCCUUUUCCGUUGAGUCAUCUCGUGGUUUUAAGCCUAAUUGCAUUUACUAUACCGAUGAUAGUCCGAGAUCUACUCCUUGCCAAACACCGGGACGACAUGGUGGAUGUCUUUACAAUUUAACCAAUGGCAAGUUUGAGGAUCAUUUUUACAAUUGUCGCUCAUCAUAUCUCGGCAAACUCACACCACUUAUUUGGUUAGAGUCUCCUUAUUCAUAA